AUGAAAAUGAACACUAGGGCCCAAAGUCGACUUCUCCUGUCCACCUUGCUUCUGUCUCUUCUGAUGAACAAGGCAUGUGCUUUUGUUGUACAAUCGAAGAUUCCGCGUCCUUCUUCACUUGGUUCUACGAAGACGAAUGAUGCAGAAAUCAGUAUCAACCCAGUUGUUGCAUCUGUCAAGGUCAGCAAGACGGUGGAGAUCUUCUCUCUUGUGAAGCAGAUGGAAACAGAUGGGGAAAAGGUUACCUCACUUUGUGUCGGAGAACCAGAUUUCUUGCCCCCCAAGGCUGUUUUGGAUGCAGCAACUGCUGCCAUUCUGCGUGGAGAUACCAAAUACACGGCAGUCACAGGGACUGCUGAUUUGAGGAAUGCUAUUGCUGACGAUUUAAAGCGGAGAAAGGGGCUCGAAUACAACCCUCAAACAGAAAUCGUUGUAGGGAACGGGGCAAAGCAAAGUGUCUAUCAAGGUAUCUUGGCAACCUGUGGUCCAGGAGAUGCUGCGAUUAUACCUGCCCCGUACUGGCCUUCCUACCCAGAAAUGGUUGCCUUGGUGGGGGCAGAGCCGAUUAUUGUCGAAACCACAAGGGAAAGCGGAUAUUUGAUGACCCCAAAAGCCUUACGAAAGGCACUUGAAGCAAAUCCUCAUGUCAAGCUAAUCUUCCUCUGCAGCCCAGGGAACCCAACUGGAGGGGUCUAUCGCAAAGACGAUCUUUUGGCCCUUGCAAAAGUCCUCGAUGACUACCCAAAUGUCGCUGUCCUUGCAGAUGAGAUUUACGAACGCUUGGUGUACGAAGGAGACUGCCCAUCUUUCGCUAGCAUCGAUCGAAUGUUCUCUCGAACAAUGACAGUAAACGGUUUUAGUAAGGCAUAUGCUAUGACUGGAUUGAGAUUGGGUUAUGUUGCAGCUCCGCAGCAUCUAGCCAAGGCCAUAACUACCAUUCAAUCUCAGCUCACAUCAUGCGCAGGAUCUAUUUCACAGGCUGCAGGAGUUGCUGCCUUGACGCAAGUCUCAGACGAUGAGCUUCUUGAAAAUGUCAAGAUCAUGAAGCAGAAACGCGAUUUUGUGUUGGGUGAGCUUGAAAAGAUACCUGGCGUGAGCGUUUCAGUGCCACCAAAUGGUGCAUUCUACAUAUUACCGGAUGUAUCAGGAUACUAUGAUGGAGAUGACACUGAACUAUGUCUCCAGCUUUUAAAGUCGAAAAAGCUUGCUCUGGUUCCAGGAUCUAGCUUUGGUGCACCUGGAACCAUUCGCAUCAGUUAUGCUACGAGCAUGGAAGAACUAAAAAUUGCGAUUGAAAAGCUUGCUGACUUUCUUGGUGAACAGUCCUAA